UGAUCAGCGGGAGUCCAGAUCAGACACGAAUCAUGUAGAGCAGUGGCGGUUUUUCAGUGGAUAAAGUGAAUGAAUGCAGGAAGAAAUUAUAUAUUAUGUCAUGAAAAAAGAAAAGUUGACGUCCGUUAAUGUUCUCAGACAUCUAAGAGGAGAGAUGCGCCGCUGGUGUCCCGCGUUAAGGCGUGUCUGUGACGGCGACAGUGCGCUCGCACUAACGGCAGCGAGCUAAAUCGGUAUUGAGCAGAAAUAAAGCUUUCCUACAUCGUGGAUGUUCAGGGAGUCGACAUGAGUGUGAGUAACAGAGAGAGAGAGCAGAAGAGAAGGCUGCAGCAUUUCCUGGCUGACCUGGCAAUUCUGGGAUCAUUACAGGGUUUUCGUUAUUUUCAGCCCUGGCUAAGGGGGAAAGAGGAACUGCUGCUGACUGUUGUCAAUGAAGAUUUGGGAUGGCGUUCUCCUGGCUUUCCUGUCUCUGUUGCCUCCUCCUUCACCAGUUCGACGUGUAGUAGCAGCUACAGUCUGGAUAGUGACUAUGACAGCUCCCCUUUACCUGGGGAAGGGCCUCAACCCAGGCCCAGACCUCAGCCUCCACAGGCCCCUCGACAACAGGCCAACAAGAGUAAUGAUUCCCAUCUUGUCCCAGCUUCGCCCAGUGAGGAGGAGAUUGCUGUGCCUGAAAUGAACUGCACUCUUUUCCUGUUGGCUGGCUAUGCUAAAUAUGGCCGGCCAUAUGCCUGGAUACGAUCCAAUCAUGAGCGCUUAGUUAACAUCGGAGGCACUGAUUCGCUGGUCAAAGACACGCCCAUGAAGCUCAAGUCCAUCACAGACUGGGUUUUAACUUCUCAAGGAACACAGGUGUGGGAUGUAGUGAAUGAGCUGGUGGGUCUGUGCACAAUGCCCCCUCCAGAUAAUCCUUUCGCUCUGGACAUGCGUUACCUCCAAACCCUACCGCUCCCAGAGCGCUUCCUGGUCACUGGGGCCCUCCUUAACUUCCUGGAGAUGAUUGUCGUUCAGGGAAGUCGAGAGGAACCCUUCUAUGAUAUGGUUGUGAAGGAGAUGAAACCCUUGAGGCGACUCCAUUUCCAGAGUCUUGUUGAGCUUCACAGGCUCCGUGGGGUGAAGAGCAGGAGCCCCUCACUGCCAGAGUCCUCAGACGACCAGUAAAAGGCAUCACACUGCCAUGAUGACCACUGGGUCCAGUCUGGAGAUCACAACAAGCUGUUUGCACAAAAAGGAACUGUAGCAAUCAUUCAGAUGAAGGAAUUGAGAUGACAUUUAGACCCAACUGAACACACAGAGGUUCCUGAGGGUCCAUUUGUCUUGGAAAUUAUGGGCGUUUGAAGAAAUACCUGUACCACUAAGAUAUUCUACGAUGUGUGGAUGUAGUCUUCAUAAAAUACUUUUGGUGCUGAAUCAUUCAAGUGCUAUUUAUCUCACUAUAUAAUUGUUUAGAAUUUGAAUAUCUUAGUUGGCCAGACAUUGCAGUUAACCUAAAAAUCAUAAAACAGCAGGACAUUUUUCUCAGUUUGAGUCCGGUCUGCUGCUGUCUGGACACGAGACUUGGAUAUUAAACAAAAACAGAUUUGUUGUUUUCAACUUCAGUUCCUAUAAUUUAUGCUCUGUGCCAUUAACAAAAUAUUACAUUGUUCAUCUGAAAGUGCUGAUUGGUAUAGAAAAAAACUGAUAGUGACUAUGCUUGUCAGAACGGAAGUAAAGCCUUACAGAUUUUACUUGUAGAAGGCCUGCAUUGUAUACAAGGGUGUUGGCAUUAAGCGUACAGUAGUGUUUAUAACACAUAAGGUUUUAUGGCAUAUCCUAUUGCAUAAAUCCUAGGCUUAGUGUCACAUGACAUUUCAGGGGGCCACUUGGUUUUAAAUCUUCAAAGGAAUUCAUUUUAGUGGAACCCAAGGCAAUAAUCUGCCUUUGAAGACAAAAUUAAAAAGUUUCCCUUC